AUGACAUCUUUGGGGGACAGCGCUGCUCUGCUCAGUUGCUCAGUCCGCGCGGGCGAGCCGGAAUUUUCGUUUCCUCCUCCUUCGCCCGCUGCUCUCGCCUCCGAUUCCCCCCGAAGCGCACUCCCGCCGCUCGUCCUCCUUUUUUUUUUUUCCUCCUCCCCCCUCCCUGAGCCCGAUCUACUCCGUAGGAGCGAAAGAGAGAGAGAGAGAGAGAGGAAAAAGAGAGUAGCUCAGCAAAGAGAAGAAGGGCAGUUUCUCCCCUCUCCUUCGGCCAGCCGAUUCCCCAGCAUUUGCCUUCGGGCCAGCUUGGAGGCAAGGCUGGGAGAACCUGCUGGGAAUGCUCGGGAGCCGCUGCCGCCGGCGCUGAGAAGCGGGGUGAAUGGAAGGGAGGAGCGAGGAGGGUGUGUCACCUGCACCCAAGAUCCCCAUGGUCACAUGAUCAAAAUUCAGAACUUGGCAACUGGCAUGUAUGACUGCUGCAGUGUCCUGGAGUCAUGUGAUCACCUUUUGCAACCACACCUGGAAUACUGCAUCCAGUUUUGGUCACCACAUUACAAGAAAGAUGUUGAGACUUUGGGAAAAGUGCGAAGAAGAGUAACUAAGAUGAUUAAAAGCCUGAAAACUAAAACAUAUGAAGAAUGGUUGGAGGAAUUGUGCAUGGCCAAUCUAGAGAAAAGAAGAACGGGGUGUCAUGAUAGUAGUAUUCCAAUAUUUGAGGGGCUGCCUCAAGGAAGAGAAGGGUCAACUUAUUUUCCAAAGCACCAGAAGGCAAGACAAGAAAUGGUGGAUGGAGUGGAGAAGGAGGAGAGGAAGUAGUAAAGUGAAGCAGAUGAAGGAGGGAAAGUAGUAGAGGGUAGAGAGGGAGGUUGUGAAGAAAGGAAGCGGCAAUCGGGCAGGCCUGAAUCAGUAAUAAAUAAAAAUUAAUGAUUAAUGAUGGAUAAUAGUUUGUACAUAAAUAUGAUGUUGGAAAAUGGAAAUAAAAAAAAUAUUUAUAAAAAAAAAAGAAAUGGUGGAUGGAAACUAAUCAAGCAGAGAAGCAACCUGGAAUUAAGAAGAAACUUCCUAACGGUGAGGUCAAUUAACCAGUGGAACAGCUUGCCUUCAGAAGUUUUAGGGGCUUCAUCACUGGAAGCUUUUAAGAAAAGACUGGACAACAACCUAUAUGAAAUGGUAUAGGAUCUCCUGCUUGAGUAGGAGGUUGGAUUAGAAUACCUCCAAAAUUCCUUCCAGCUCUAUUCUGAUUGAUUGACCUUCUGACAAGCAAAGUCAAUGGGGAAGCCAGAUUCACUUAACAACUGUGUUACUAACUUAAUAACUGCAGUGAUUCACUUAACAACUAUGGUGAGAAAGGUAAUAAAAUGGAGCCAAACUCACUGAACAACUGUCUUGCUUAGCAACAGAAAUGUUGGCCUCAAUUGGACUUAUAAGUCAAGGACUACCUCUAUAGCCUUUGCCUUAAAAUGAUAUGCACCUCUUUGAAUUGGGUGAGAACUCUACAUGUUAUGGCUUUGUUUCAUCCACUCUUCAUCUGAGCAUAUGGCCUACUAACCAACCGUAGGCCACAUGGCUUUGUAUGAGCUACAUAAGAUGUGGAAGGAGAAGAAGAAAGGAAAGAUGGUCUGUAAGAAAUGCCAAGAACAACAAAUAGAAGCGACCAAAAAAAGGAGAGUAAGAUCCAUCCAUGCCAGUUAAGUAUUAAGACUGAAAAAUGGCAUGAUUUGUUUGCAAAGACCUAAACAGUAAUGCAGUUCAGCCGUAUGCUUACACCAAAAUAAAACACUAGAGUUGGUUUAAUCCAUAGUAAAUACAUGUAGAACUUACAUUUGACUUAACAUUACUUAGGUAAGACUUAAGUUCUUCCAGAUAUUGCAGAGUAACUUCAUUCAGUAUUUUAGAAAGUUAAUACGUUUUUAUUGUGUGAGUAUGAGGCCAAAAUGAGUGCAUAUUCUCAAUACUACCAAUAAUAAUGAAAGAUGCAUUAAUAUACAAUAUUUGAUUAUAUAGUGAAGUGUGCAUGAGCAUUUGAUGUUUAUGGAAACCAUGGGCACAUUUGAAUUUUUUGGAUUGUGUCCAAUAUAUGAAACAUAUUCCAGGAAAGCAGAUCUGUGUUAUAUCCAUUUCUAAGACAUGCAUAGUAUACUGGUUUGCUUCGACAGCCAUUUUGAGUUAUGAUACCAUCACUGUCUUAGCAUUUCCAUCCUUGCUGUAAUGUUUGCUGAAUAUUUAAUUACAACAAAGAGCAGGAAUAUUACAUUGCCUUAUAAACAGCAAGUCAUACAUGGAAGAUCAUUGCCUCUUAUUAAAAUAGCCAUAUGCUUGCAAACUAAAAAUAUUUUGCAGUCUAGAGCAACUUAUUUAGUAUCUGGCUCUACAUAUAUUGUGUUUGGUUUGUGAAAUCAAACAUAAUACUGGUUUUAUUUUUAUUUUACUUUUGAUGGUGCUGACCUGUAAGAGCUUUUUUGUGUAGUGGUGUCAUCCCCCCCCCCCGCCAUUAUCCACUAGAAAUAAAACAUUUUAUUACUUUAGUUGGCGUUUAGGCAGGUGGUGAGUGUUCGUUUUUUAACUAUUUUUGUGUUUCAUAACUUAUGCUGAUGAUUUUUUUUAGCCUUCAACUAAGUAGUAUGUGAUAUAGAGGGGUAUGUUUUUAUCAAUAAUGUAUAUUAUGUAGCUUUUAUUACCGUCACCACUGAAUAUGCAGUACUUGAUAUGUAAUACAAAAUAUUUUAAGAUAAGUAAAUAAUUCAUGGCAUUUUUUCUCUGAGCAGUUCAGAUUUUUUCCCCUCUCUACCCAUGCUAUCUUCUCUCUCCCUGGCAAUUCAACCAAGGUCACCCCUGAGUUUCAAAUAAUUUAUUCUUGAAUUAAAGAAGGUGUUAAGAGAACUGACCCAAAUAAAGAACUAUUCCUUAAACAAAAGACUCUUAAGUUGAAGGCUAUUAAAGAAAUUUGGAUUUCUACAAAGGAACUGGUUUUGUAGGUCAAGUAAAGCAGUGUUUAACAUUAAAUAUUCCCCAUUUCAGUGCUCCAGUUAAAACUUAUGAAGAUCACUGAUACUAUAUUAGUUCCAUGCUCUCAAUCACAUGUUCACUGCAAUUGCCUAAAGGGGAGAAAAAAACAUCAUAUGCCUAUAGCUGUAUGGGCAUGAAUCCAGAACUCAAAAAUAUAAAUGCAAAACCAUGGACUUGGGGGAUUUGGUCUUAUGGAUGAGGUUGAGUUUAAGGUUGCA